AUGGAGCCUCCAGCUCGUGGUGCGGAGUCGCAAGAGCACGUCUUGUCGCCGACGAGGCGUCGAUUUGGCGUCUGGUCGUCCUCGUCGUCCACGACCCGCUCGUCUCGCGGUACGGGCUCCCUCUUUGCCCAGCUCCGCCCCGGGUCGGCGGCGGCGGCGGCGGCGGCGGCGGCCGAGGCUGCUGCCGAGGCUGCUGCCGAGGCUGCUGCCGCAGCAGAGGCGGCGGCGCAGGCAGCCGCGUGGGAGAGGGCGCACGCCGGCGACGGCGAUGGCAUCGCCUCGGCCACCGCUUCUGUCCGGUCGUCCGCGUCCGACGCCGAAGCAUCGUGGGCAUCGGCGGACCAAGAUGCCGGCGGGCCGUCGUACUGCUCGGCGGUCGCGUGGGCGGCGGCUCGCCGCGCCUCGGCGGCGGCGGCCGCUUCCGCAAAGGCGUCGCAAGCGCUCGUUGCAGACCUCGAGCGGCCUCGCCCCGGCAGCGCCGGCCUCGCUGGGCGCUCCGGCGGCUCCCCGGCUCCCCUGAGCACGUCCCUGCUGCAGCGGCUGGCGCCUCCGUCGCCGCGCCGCCGCCUCAGCCGCGCCACCUCCGCGGUCCACGCCGCGCCGCCGCCCCUCUCGCGGCGGGCUGCGAGCGGCGGCGCGCUGCCGCCGAUUCGAGACCGCUGCAGCGAGCACAACUCCUCUUUGGGGGAGGCGCCCCGGGGGAGCGGCGUGCAGGGCUCGCCCCACUCGCUGCAGCAGCACGCCGCGGCCACCGACUCGCUGCUCGUCUCGGCGCGAGAUCUGGGGAGAUCUGGGGAGAUCUGGGGAGAUCUGGGGAGGUCUGGGAGGUCCGGGGAGAUCCCGGGAGGUGUGGGGAGGUAUGGGGAGGCGCGGCAGCAGCGGCGGCGCGCCUCCUCGUUCGACGGCGUGCGCGAGCAGCUCGUCUCGAAGCCGCCGCCGCCGCCGCCGCCGCCGCCGCCGCCGCUGCCGCCGCCGCUGCAACACGCGCGCAGCUCCGACUUUGGAAGCGAUUUUGCGGGUGACUUUGCCUCCCAGCGGCGGACCUCGUUUGGCAGGAGCGAGUCGUGGCAGAGCGAGGAGGC